AUGAGCGAAAGCAAUAAAAACGUUCCUGGUUACAUGGUCCAAUUAUUAGAGGAACUUGGGUGGAACCAAGGAACAAGAAUUCCCUUGGCAAAUCCUGAUAACCAAAAUCUGGAGACACUUCUUAUUACUAGGCAAAAUGAAAUACAGCGGUUAAAGGAAUCUUUGAUAUCUCAAAACCAGAAACGGACUGAUCUAAAUAAGUACAAAGAUCAUGUUCAUACUGAGUAUCAAGAGAAUACACGUUUACUAUUCGCUCACAAACAACAAUUAGAACAAGAGGUCAAGUUACGCCAACUGUCCUGUAAUGAAACAGAUAGGCUGGAAAGAGAUGUUCUAGACUGCAGCAAAGACACAAACAACAUAUCAAAGCGCAUUGAUAGAUUACAAUGCAGUAUUGCUCGCCUACUGAAGAAAGCUGAUUCCUUGAAGAGCGAAGUGUGUGGGGAGCGUGGUGCUUUGCAAGAAUGGAGAGCUGCGUUGGAGAGAAGCUCUGGUGAUAUCACAGCUAUUGAACAAUUUACAAAACAGGAUCUUUCUAAGGCCAAGGCCCUAGAGACCAAGAGGCAGAAGUUAAAGGUUGAACAUGACAGCAUACACGAGCGCCUUGUCCAACUCGUUUCUAAUCUCAGUGCUGAAGAAAGAGCAUGUGAAAGGAUAUCGGUUCAGGUCAUGGAGGGUAUGGAGCAAAGGAAACAGAUGAUGAUGAUGUGGACUGCAGCUGUGGAGAACUUAAGACAACGAGACACUGAUAUACGGCAUAUUAGGGAGGACUAUGCGGUAUUGGAAGCAGAAGCCAACCGUCUGGCUGAGCAGAGUCGUGAACAACAGUCGUUCUGUGACCAGCAACACGGUAACAACAUGGAAGCGCAGAGGGAGAACAUGGCGCUCGCUCAACAACUCAGCCAGAUCCGUCUUGCGUAUCAGGAAACGUACGACGAAAAUGUCACUUUGGAUAGCGAAGUUCAAAGUCUCCAGCGUGUAUCGAGCAACAUGGUCAGCGGUUUGGAGAAACUGCACUCUGAAAAUAAACAAUUAAUGGAGGAACAGCAUCGCAAGGACGUCGCGUUGCAGGCUGUCAAUAAUAAGCUAAAAGAACUGAAGGAAAAACUAACCGAGUCGACUGAUACAUCCAAAUCGUCUGAAAAGCGAGCAAAGGAAUUGGAGGAAAUAUUGAAUGAAGAGGAACGCUAUGCGAGUCAGCUGACAAAUAAUCAGCAACAUGCUAUGCAUUGUUCUUUUGUGGAACAGCAAAAGCUAUUGGCCCUUAAGAACGAGGAGAAGCUGUUCCAUAUGCAACUAAAAGCUUCAAAAGCGAUAAUGAGUAAAUUAAGCAGCAAACAGCGUAAUGUCGAAAAAAGCUUGCAGAGCCAAAAGGAGUCGCUGUAUGGGAUAAGUUAUCAAGUGGAAACAAUCGGCGCACGCGUCGCCCAUAUGGAAGGCGCAAAAGCCGAACGCGAAUGUUCCGCUGAACUUGUUGAAAGAGAAAACAGGUUGCAGGAAGUCCGCGCCCGUCACGCAGCGCGUGUCGCGACAUUGGAACGACACUCUGGAAAGUUGUACGACGACAUGCGUCGUCUAACUCGAGAGUUGGAGUAUAGAAGUGGGGAACAUAGCAAAUUGCAAAGUCGUUUGAAAACAUCGAUGUUAAACGUGGAAGGCGGCGAGAAGGAUUUGCGUGAUCGUCGCGACAUCUGGCGGCGGUUGCGCGUGGAGGAGGCGUUGAUGCGCCUGCGCGUGGCCCACGCCUCUCGCGCGCUGGCCGGCCUCGACGAUACUGCCUUCACGCUAGACGAACAACGCCUUCAAUUGGAUGCUGCAAUGAACGAGCGUCUGAUAGAGAUAGCUGCGCGACGCGACAUUUUUAGCGUGCAAAAGCGCGCGUUGUUCGAGGACAUUGGCAAGUUGCGUUCAGAUAUACGCGAGCGGGAGCAGCGCAUCGAGCAACUUAUUAAACGCUACGACAUAUUCAUCGCAUCUUUGGGCAAAGACGAAUCUGGGCAGCAGUUAUCUGUUACUUUCUUCAAAAUUAAGUUCGCAGCCGAGAGAGCUGAAUUGCGCGAACGUGGGGCGGCGCUAGACGCAGACAUCGGGCGGCGCGAACGUGACAUAUCCGCGCUUGAGGCGACGCUGCGAGUCGUGCACGCGGCGCAUGCGCACUUCCUGCACCACGUCACACCACUCAAAGAUGAUACGCCAGAGAUAGAAGAGCUGAACAGUCUAUCCAAACAGUAUUACGAGAAACGCGAGGACUUGAAACAGCUGUACAGCAAGAUAGCAACGCUAGAACAACAGAUCAACGAUGCUAACUCGCGACUUAUCUUCCUCGGGGACAAGUACAAGCAAUUAUCCGCAAAGGAGUCCGACUGUGAAAGUGACAUGGAGGCAGCUCGUGCGCGAGCACAACGACAAGAAAACCGUCUUCAAAACGCUCACGAUGUGGUGAAGGUCAAUGCGCGGCGAGCUAAGAAAUUAGUAGAAGGAGAGGAGGAUUGGAGAAUAUUCCAGAUGGCGCUUUGGGUACGGAACUACGCCGAGGCUGCGUUUAGUGCUAUGCAAGCGCUCAAUGAGCUUUGCACCUCUUCCCCGGAUACGGCAGACCGCAUAGGCACAUUACUGUCCACUACUAAUAUGCAGGCGCAUUUGUCACGCAAUCAGAGACGACUAGCUACUCUUGUGCAGAGAAUCAUAACUGACACAACGCCUGGUCCUCGUCGAAGGGAAUCAGUUCAAGACCCAGAUGUUACAGAAAGCGUGUUUUCAAGUUCUACGGAAUCAAUAAGAAGUGGAGUUAGCAUCGCGAGUGGAUACACGAAGCGCUUGUCUGCAUUUAGGCGAAGUCUGGCACCCAAAGUUCAGGAGCAUGCGUUAAUUGACGACAUUCCAGAACAAGCGCGCCGUUCGACUGUAUCUCUUCGUGUUGUCACGCUGGGUCUAGAAGAAUCAACUCCAGCAAUGGCCCAUCCAUCCACCAGCGCACGGUCCAGAAAAUCUUUUAGAAACUAA